CGUCAUUACCUUGGGUGUGUAUCUGCAAGAAGUCAACCAGGCAGCAGUGAAAAGCUAUCAUCCAGUCCUCAGUAAUAUGGUAUACACAGAAUGGAUAGCUUCAAAGAUUUUUCUACUCUAAACCCUAAAUAAGCUUCUUGAAUCCUCAGUGCACGUCACUAUGAGCAAGACCGGAGUGCACUUAAAAGGAAAGAAUGGGAGCGAAGAAAUCAAGAAGUCCAGCAAGAUGAAGAUCUCUUUGCUUCAGGUUUUAAUCUCUUUGGGGAACCCUACAAGACAAAUAAAGGCGAUGCCCUUGCUAACCGUGUCCAAAACACAUUGGGAAACUAUGAUGAAAUGAAGGACUUGUUAACCAACCAUUCUAACCAGAGCCACCUUGUAGGAAUCCCAAAGAAUUCUGUACCACAGACUCCCGUUGACAAAAAUGAACAGAACUUUUUUCCAGAACAGAGAAACAGGAUGAUCCCGUCUCACCAGAUCAGCGGUCACUCGUCAACAUCAAUGCCCCCACCUUCUUCACUGUCAUCAAAUUCUACUUUGCUACACAGUCACCAGAGCAGCAGGAAAUCCAGGACAGAUUGGUCACGUGGUGGUCACAACUCUAAUGGUGCACAGCCAAGCCAAUCCAGUAGUCAACAGAGUAGGACAAAGCAUAGCUCUUCACAUGACCAGCCUCAAGGCAGGUAUGACGAUCUCUACAGCUGUCAGAGUGAGCAACAUAAAAAUGGAGGCGCUGAGGAAGCAAACCCGGCUGCAUCAUCUUCACAUUCACGGAGGCACAAUCAUUCCAAAUCAACAACUGGAGAACAUUCUUAUAAAGAAAACAGUCAUUCAAAGUCACCUGUAGAACUUGAAUUUGUAGGGCACGGUCCUGGAUCUCCACUUCCUUCUACAUCUUUGUUAUCUGCAAACAAUGGUCUCUCAACCCAGAGUUUCCCACCAGGACUGCACUGUAAAACUAGCAUGGUCCAGCAAAAGCCUACAGCUUACGUAAGGCCUAUGGAUGGUCAGGACCAAGUACCUAAUGACUCACCUGAACUGAAACCUCCAAUAGAAAUUGAGAGUGGAUAUGGAAAUCAAUCAUUUGGAACACUGUUGGAAGGAAAAGCUAAUGCACCCAGUUCUAAGAAUAAAUUACCAAAGCUUACCAUCCCUCAAGCUAGUGAGGUUAGCCUUCCCAAUGACUCCAGCUGUGUGGAAGAAAUAUUACGGGAGAUGACCCAUUCCUGGCCUCCACCUCUUACUGCUAUUCACACCCCCGGCAAGGCUGAGCAGACCAAGUUUUCCAUCCCAAGCAAGGUGCAGGAUUCCCAGCACCCGACCUCAGGAUACAAUGUACAAAAGUGGAGUGAUCCAGCAGGGAAAGCUGCCACCAAGUCAGUGCCACAAAAGUCAAUGCUUGAAGAUGAUCUAAAACUCAGCAGUGAUGAAGAUGACCACGAACAGGCUGCCGAAAAGACAAAACCUAGAAACAUUCCUGUAAAUGGCCUUCCUUUGCAGACAGCACACGGUGCAGUUUUAGCACAUUCCAGCGGAGGCUCUGGGAGCUCAAGUGAGUCCGAGAGCAGCUCCGAGUCCGAUUCCGACAGCGAAAGCAGCUCCAGUGACAGUGAGUGUAACGAAGAGUCACGCAGCGCAACUCCGGAGCCUGAACCUCCUUCAACAAACAAGUGGCAGCUGGAUAAAUGGCUAAAUAAAGUGAAUCCCCAUAACAAGACCAUUAUCAACAACCAAAAUGAGACUCAUAGUGAGAACAGUUCUCAGUCUCAGAGCAGCCAACAGACUGAAGGACAAAACAAAGGGAAGCUUAAUAACAGUCUGCCCCAGACCGAUUCCAAAGACAGGGCCGUCCUUAGUCCCAUCCGGGAGAAAGCCAAACCACGAGUUGCCCAGAAAACUCCAGAGGCAAAAAGCUCCAAGCAGAAGUCACCAGCUCAUAAUGAGCCAACUUCACAAAGGACUCCUGGGAAAAAGCAACCCAAAAAGGUAGAAAGGACUUCCAGUGUAGAAGAGUAUAACUGGCCCAAACCAAAUAAUACCAGCAACACUCCCAAAGAAAAAGAUACACAGGAACCACCAGAGCAGCCAAAGGUUCGCACAAAAGCAGCAGCUGGAAAGACAGCUCCAAGAAAAGAACCACGGACUAGCACGGGACUUGCUUCUGAGAAGAAAAAGUACAGAGGCCCUAGCAAAACUGUCCCUAAAUCCCGUGAAUUUAUUGAAACCGAUUCGUCUACUUCUGAUUCAAACACAGACCAGGAAGAGAGCCUGCAGGCUAAAAUAUUACCAGCUUUCAGUGGGCCUGCCAAUGGCCUCAAAGUAAAAGACUCCAGUAGUAACAUCCUCAGUGUAAGUAGUUUAACUAGCAACAGCAGCAACACAUCAAUAGACCAGACCAGCAAUGAUUUAGAGGAACAACUCUUUUCACCGAUCCCAAUUGUGCAAAAUGAACUUCUGUCCCCACUGAGGGAAUUUGAAGAACUCAAAUCCCUUUGGGUGAAAAUAGAUCUUAGUUUACUCUCUAGAAUACCCGGACAAGACCCUUGUGAGACAGUGACUGUGAAAACUGAACCACGAGAGGCAAAUGUGAAACACAGGCGACAAUCUCGAGAGUCCCCCACCGCAGCCGCUGAAAAGCCCGCCACAAAAUCCAAAAGGAAGCACAAGUCCGAAAGCUUGGAUACGUUUGGUGAAACCAAGAAACAGCGUCUGGAGGACACCUCAGCCUCAUGCCUACUUCCACCAUGUAUUUCUCCGAUACCUAAUCACAGAUUAACCAGCACUAAAGACGGGAGUUCAGUUAAAAAGGUGACUAAGAAAAGAGAAGAGAAGUUGUUCCCUCCUCCGUUAUCCCCGCUGCUGGAUGAGCCAGCACACAGGCGGCACAGCAGUGACAACAGCUCCUUCAGCCAAGAGAACAGCGUCACAAACUCCUUGCAGACCGGCAGCUCUUCCUCUUCUUCUAAAUUCGGAAAGAAUGAGAACAAAUCCUCUUCGAACCCCAAAGGAAUCUGUGAGGAGGAAUCUCGCCAUAGACCAACAAACAGUCUCCUUGAUACCAGCCAUCUAGAAACAGACAUCUGGUCUACAAUGCCUACACUCUCCAAUGGGAAAUCUGAGUCAAGAAGACCUAAAAUAACAUUUGAUGACAUGCUUCACAAUGCAGACUAUUACAUGCAAGAGGCUAAGAAGCUAAAGCACAAAGCGGACGCACUGUUGGAGAAGUUCGGCAAAGCAGUGAAUUAUGCUGAUGCUGCUCUCUCCUUCAUUGAGUGCGGGAAUGCUAUGGAGCGAGAUCCAUUAGAAGCUAAAUCUCCAUACACCAUGUACUCAGAGACUGUGGAACUCAUCAGGUAUGCAAUGAGACUCAAGAAUUUCACAGGCUCAUCUGCCACGGAAGGAGACAAGAAACUAGCAGUUUUAUGCUACCGAUGCUUAUCACUCCUCUACUUGAGAAUGUUUAAACUAAAGAAAGACCAUGCUAUGAAGUACUCCAGAUCUCUGAUGGAAUAUUUUAAGAACUCUUCAAAAGCCUCCCAGGCCCCCUCUCCUUGGGGAGGCAAUGGAAAGAGCACAGAGACUCCAUCCCCCAUGUCUCUCAGUCCAUCUCCAGUCAGUUCUGUAGGGAGCAGUACAGGCACUGCUGGGUCCUCGUCAGCAGGAACCAUCACCAUCCCCCAGCGCAUCCACCAUAUGGCUGCCAGCCAUGUAAAUAUCACCAACAACGUCUUGCGGAGCUACGAGCACUGGGACAUGGCCGACAAACUGACUAAGGAGAACAAAGAGUUCUUUGUAGACCUGGACUCAGUCAUGGGACCAUUAACACAACACAGCAGUAUGACCAGUCUGGUCCGUUACGUUCGACAAGGACUUCACUGGCUCCGCAUGGAGGCGCAUUUGUUGUAGUGACUGCUGUCCUCUUCAUAACAUCCCCGUCGGCCUACCUCUACCAGCGCACAGACGAUCACUGGUGGAACUCCGCUCAUUUCUGGAACUUGAUUCAUGUAACUUCAUUUUUAUUGCCUUUUUUGAUAUCUUAUCUAUUGGAAGUAGAAGUCACCAUAAAUGGAACUUAUGACUCAAGAGCAGUAUGUGUUGUACCAUCUAAUCAUUUUUGACAAUUUCUAUGCCUUGCGUCUCCUGGAUCCUGCUAUCCUUAUGUGCUUUAUGGAACGGUACAUUCCCUGCAGUAUUGUUUUAAGUCGACACUGCCUUCAAGUGAAAAUAAAAAAAGCACUUUGAGAAGAUAUGGAUUCCUGAGAAAUAGUACAAAACGUCUUAAAUAUAUGAGGGUAUAUACGAAAAUUCUCUUCUGAAAUAAAUUAGCAGAAGUUAUAGCCAUUCACUCAGAAUUGUCCUCUGAACCCAAGCCAAGCUGUUCACUGCUUAGUUCUGGCAUCGUUACCUGCAACUGUUUAUUGCUAAGAUUUCCUACUUUAUAUAGGCCUGAUCUCUAAAAAAGGACUCUGGACAUCUUAUAGGUAUGUAGCGUAAAAUCACCAAAGGUGUUAAGAGAUAAAAGAUUGGGAGGAAUGAUUAAAGAAAGAUGCCACACUACGCAAUGAGGUUUUGAUAUUCUUUUCUGUUUAUUGUUGGCUUAACAGUUUAAGUGGGCAGAACAAGGCAGUUCAUUAGGCAAUUUCAAAAUGUUAGCUUUCAUAGUCUUAGCUACCAUUCAUGUACUCAAUCGGUGAAUUUUCUUUCAGUCCUACUGUUUGGUCUCAAGCAAAUAUUCCUCCAUGAUUUUUCUUGGCAAAACAUUCUCCUCUUGCAUAGCGACUCAGUGACAGCAUGUCUUAACAGGAGUGCU